UGGACGCUUAAUUGGUAUCAGUUAGUUCACGCAUAAUCUCUAGUACAGUAGUCCAAAUAAAUAAUUUGGUAAUCAGAUUGAUUGGAUAUGGAUUGUCAAAAACUAUUUAUUAUCUCAGUUUUGAUGGCUCUCUCCAACACCAUUGGUUUAUCGCAACCAGUCGACCAUUCAAGAAAAGAUGAAAAAAUUUCCAUCUAUGUACCAUUUGACGUGAAAUACAUUCCAGUAGAAGUAUCUGAAAAAUCUGAUGUUAAAGAACUUAAAUCUAAAUCCGACGACUUGAAACCAAUAAUUAUCUUAAGGAAAAAAGAUAUCUUGGACCAUUUUGACAGCAACAAACCUAUUAAACCAGUGAGUCAUUUAGCCACCAAGGAUAAACCAGAAGACUUAAUUGUAGUACCUCUAUCACCGUUACCAUCAAAUGAUGGCGCAGUGAAAUUACUACAGUCCACCAGAAGUCCUCAACUGCCAAAAGAUGACCUCGUCGCCGCAGCAUCCUCUCACAUAAUAACCAAAAGGCAGACGCAAAGAUUUCCCUCAUUCAGACCUGUGGUAAGGUUUAGCAGAUUCAGCGCUAGGAGAAAUAGAUUUAAUAGAAACCAUGCUAUGGUUGGUUACUUGAGUGAUAGAGAUUUAUUUCCCACUGUGGCCUAAGUUGAAAAUGUUUAUGAAAAAAGUUUCAUAAUCAUGGUCUGAGAAUAUUGUGAUAUUUUUUUUUUUAAUUUAUUAAGUUAUUCUCUAAUACAUU